AUGGUAAGUAACUGUAUAGUUUAUAACCAUUCUCUGAUACGUUCUAUUUCAACUAGGGUAAGUAACAGUAUAGUUUAUAACCAUUCUCUGAUACGUUCUAUUUCAACUAUGGUAAGUAACUGUAUAGUUUAUAACCAUUCUCUGAUAAGUUCUAUUUUAAGUAUGGUAAGUAACAGUAUAGUUUAUAACCAUUCUCUGAUAAGUUCUAUUUUAAGUAUGGUAAGUAACUGUAUAGUUUAUAACCAUUCUCUGAUAAGUUCUAUUUCAACUAUGGUAAGUAACUGUAUAGUUUAUAACCAUUCUCUGAUAAGUUCUAUUUUAAGUAUGGUAAGUAACAGUAUAGUUUAUAACCAUUCUCUGAUAAGUUCUAUUUUAAGUAUGGUAAGUAACUGUAUAGUUUAUAACCAUUCUCUGAUAAGUUCUAUUUUAAGUAUGGUAAGUAACAGUAUAGUUUAUAACCAUUCUCUGAUACGCUCUAUUUCAACUAUGGUAAGUAACUGUAUAGUUUAUAACCAUUCUCUGAUAAGUUCUAUUUCAACUAUGGUAAGCAACUGUUUAGUUUAUAACCAUUCUCUGAUAAGUUCUAUUUCAACUAAGGAUAGUAACAGUAUAGUUUAUAACCAUUCUCUGAUAAAUUCUAUUUUAAGUAUGGUAAGUAACAGUAUAGUUUAUAACCAUUCUCUGAUAAGUUCUAUUUUAAGUAUGGUAAGUAACUGUAUAGUUUAUAACCAUUCUCUGAUAAGUUCUAUUUCAACUAAGGAUAGUAACUGUAUAGUUUAUAACCAUUCGCUGAUAAGUUCUAUUUCAACUAUGGUAAGU